UCCUCCUUUCUUCUUCUUCUUCCUCCCUCCUUUGUCCCCCCACUCCCCGAACAAUUAUCACCUAUUUACCCCGUCUAGGGGGGAUGCCAAGGCAGGAGCCUCACCCGUCCCAGGGCUUCCACGAAGUGACACUUGGCACAUCUGCCGCUCUGGAGCCAUCAAUGGAGUGGAAGACGGCGAUCCUAAUAGCCCUUUACCCAGGGAAGCCGGUUCUCCUCGUUUCGCUUCGCCCGGUCUUCCCGCCCGCUUGGCAGCAAGCAAGGCACCGACCUUCCCACCCACUUGAACCGGAACCGUUUUUGCAAAAAGGCAGCCCGGAGCUUUGCUCUUGCUUUUUACUGCUGCUGCUGCCGCCACCGGGAAAGGAAGAACCUCUCCAGGUCUUCUUUAGCUACUGCUGCUCCUCCUCUUCCCCCUUUCCUGCAGGCCACUGGGUGGAAGCCACCAGUCCCGGGCAGCUGAAAAGAUUUAAAGCGGCCGGCCAUGGCGCUAAGACUGCACCCGCCUCCUCUUCCUCCUCCUUUUCCUCUACAGCAGCACGAACAACUCGCACGACGGCCGAGUUAACCCAGUUUUGCAGCAGUGCAUGUCACUGCCAGUGCAGGAGGUUGCAUGAGCCUCCGGGGACAGCACGGGCCAAGCAGCGGGGACCACAGCCACCGUACACGCCGCCGCCCCCACCGCCCCCUCCUCCUCCACCUCUCUCAGUGGUGGUGCUGGUUCCCGUUUAUGGUUUCACACCAUACCAAACGCUGGUAACUCCUGUCGCUCCUGCCUUCAUUCCCGUCUGGUUUCUCCUCCCUGCUCCGCCUCCUCCGGUCCUCUUCGUCUACCCCGCUUGGGUCCAGCCUCUCUCGACUGCCUGCCCGGUCCCGCCGGCGGCGAACAUGGGGAACGCGACCUCCUGCUGCGUUUCGUCCAGCCCCAAACUGCGGAGGAAUGCCCAUUCGCGGCUGGAGUCGUACCGGCCCGACACCGAGCUGAGCCGCGACGACACGGGUUGCAACCUGCAGCAUAUCAGCGACCGGGAGAAUAUCGACGAUCUAAACAUGGAAUUCAACCCCUCAGACCAUCCACGAGCCAGCACAAUAUUCCUCAGCAAAUCUCAAACUGACGUGAGAGAAAAACGGAAGAGCCUCUACAUAAACCAUCAUCCUCCUGGUCAAUUGAAAAGGAAAUACAGUUCCUGUUCUACUAUUUUUCUGGAUGACAGUACAGUCAGUCAGCCCAACCUCAAGUAUACAAUUAAAUGCGUAGCUCUUGCAAUAUACUACCAUAUCAAAAAAAGGGACGUAGAUGGAACAAUGCUCCUAGAUAUUUUUGAUGAAAAUCUCCACCCCCUUUCGAAAUCCGAAGUGCCACCAGAUUAUGACAAACAUGAACCUGAACAAAAGCAGAUUUAUCGCUUUGUUCGGACGUUGUUCACUGCUGCUCAGCUAACUGCCGAAUGUGCUAUUGUCACCCUGGUAUAUCUUGAAAGAUUACUAACUUAUGCAGAGAUUGAUAUUUGUCCAUCAAACUGGAAAAGAAUUGUACUUGGUGCAAUUCUACUUGCAUCCAAAGUUUGGGAUGAUCAGGCUGUGUGGAAUGUGGACUACUGUCAGAUCCUGAAAGAUAUCACAGUUGAAGACAUGAAUGAAUUGGAACGCCAAUUUCUUGAGUUGCUGCAGUUCAACAUCAACGUUCCCUCAAGUGUUUAUGCUAAGUAUUAUUUUGAUUUGCGCUCCUUAGCAGAAGCAAACAACCUGAGUUUUCCUCUAGAACCUCUCAGCAGGGAAAGAGCAUGUAAACUUGAGGCAAUUUCUCGCUUGUGUGAAGAUAAAUAUAAGGAAUUCAGGAAAUCUGCAAAGAAACGGUCAGUCAGUUCAGACAAUCUGUCUAUAAUUAGAUGGUCUCCUGCUGUUAUCUCCUAACAGUGAAGUCUGCUAUACAAGACUAUAGAAGUACUGUUUCUAUCAUCAACUUUGGGUGGGAGGGUUGGUUUUGGUGAUUUUCUUUUUUCUUUUCCUGGUUUUUCUUCUUAUUUUUAGAUCUGCCUUUACAGUGCCUCCCCUUUUGUGUAGCACACAAGAAUAACUAGGGACUUGCUAAGAAGAACUUUGAAAGAAGAUUUGUUUUCUUGUUUAUUACAACUCCUCGGCUUUUUGAUGGGGAGCAGGCAAAAUCAAAUACCUUCUAAGAGAGGAUGAAACCUCAGAAACUGAUACAAAAUCAUUAAAGAGGAAGAGGAAGAAUAAAAGACCCUUAACAGAAGGUUGCAAGAAGCAUAAUAAGAAAGAAGUUGAAUGUGUUUUGAGAUCCUCUUCAGUAUCUUCUGCUGGUUUCGCAUUCAUUUUUCGCUUUUUGCUUGAGGUUGCUUUCUCUUCUGUAACAACCAUGGAGAAGGCAGUGCCUGUGGUAGCACAAAAUGAGCCUGUGAUUAGAGUCUGUUUCCUUUGUCCCUUAUGAAAGAUGCGCUUUUGUUCAUAAGCUGUUUUAUUAGCUUUUCCCCACUCCCCUAAUUCUUAUGGACAUUGUUGUUUCUUGUGUGCUUUUACUGUAUUUGGGGGGAAAUUGAUUGAUUGACAGUGCUGAACCCAAAGUAUAUAAGAUCAGGUGAUUUUAUUUUUAUUUUUUUAAUUUAUAGCUACCGGUGUCUUGAUGUUGCCCAUGCGGUGCAUUAUCAGUACUGGUGCUUUGUAUUAUAUGUGGUUGCAUACGCCUUCCUACCUUUUUUCAGAUGGGUUUAUUUUUUCUUACUGUAAACUCAAGAGUUGUUAAAAGGAUUCAGGUGACAGUGAAGCUUGGGCCAAUGUGCAGGCAUUGCUUUAGGUAGACUAGUUCUUUUGCAAGAUUUUUAAAAAAAUCAUUUAGAGAUUAGGUAGAGUCAAGCAAGAGAAAUGCAACGAAAGGAUGAGAGUAAGAAUCUUCUUUUGUAUGGCCCAAAUAGUUGAUUUUCUUCACUUCCUGGUUCAAUGUUGCAAGCAAUAGCCUCAAAAGUUUUUUAUAUGUUUAUUUUAAAUGGAAAUCAAUCUGUUUAUAUAUAAAAGAGAAAAAAAACUGAAAAAAAGUUUUUGUUCAAGGAUCCAUAGAAGAAGAAAAGGAAAAGAAAGGAAUUAUAUGUGUAUGUGGACGCACACACAUACAUAUACAUGCAGGGGCAUGAGUAUGUGUGUAUAAUAAAAAGAAGUGUUUUUGUCAGAGACUAGGUUUUGGAAUAAAAACUGUUUAAAAAAUGAGUCCUUUUCAGCGUAGGUGCUUAUAGGAAUUUAAAUAAAAUGCAAACUGUGAAGAAAAAAUUAUUGCUUUGUUGAUUAUUUUUUAACUUUUUUAAAACUGGUUCCUAUCUUUUCUAUCUCUUUCUUUCUGUCUUUUAAUGGGAUAAGCAAAUCAAAUACCAUA